CUCUCUCACUUGUGGUAGGAAAUUCUCUGCCGUCUGUAGAAUAGAGAAUAAUAAUGCAAUGCCAGCCAGAGCAGAAGUGGCAGAGAGAAAUAAUAUAUAAUAGGAAAGGAACCAACCAACCAACCACCUCCGGCAAAUUCUUUAAACCCCACGAAACAGCAUCUUCUCCCAACAUCUUGCUUGUAUUCCUGCUCACAAACAAAUAGACGUGGAUGGUGGUUGGAUGGUGGUUUGGUGAUAUAAGGAAAGAAGGUAGAUGGAUAGGUAGAUAGUGAGAAACAGGUAAAAUACUUAUGGACAGACAGGUAAACCAAAGUCAGUAACGAGAAGGGUGAGCAGAGAGAAAGAUGCAUAUGCCGUCGUCAACGUAUUAUUAGGCGAGAAACUAUAUCUUAAAUUUGACACUUCUUGAACUACAUACGUCAUCUAUUUAAUAAGUUCCCACUAAAAUUGCCAUCCUUAAUUGUGCGUGUGUGGCAUUAAGAGCAGGACGUGUGAUGCCCACGAGUGAGGUAGAGAUCACUUUACGACUAAAAACCAAGUAAGACUGCGAGGAAGGAAGUGACAUUACAGAAAGAACGCGACAAAACAAUGAGAAAGGAGAAGGCGAUGAAACGCUAAAAGUGAUAUCUCCCUCGUGGCGUGGUGAACUGCAAGGGUGACGAUGUGCCAAAAUCGCUAAGCAAAGAAUAAAUAAAAAAUAGAAGUAGAAGAGGAAAAAUCAAGUUUGUAAGUUUUGAAUACCACAGUUUAAAAUAGUUGGAGGGAAGAGAAGGUUGCUGCAAAUCGACUAAAGACUUGAAAUACUUUGUCUGUUUGACUGACUCUGUGGUGGUGAUGAUGGUGCUGAUCUGAUAACUCAGUUUUGUGGUUUACUUUGCUUGAUGAAACAUUCUAAAGUGCUCAAAAGUCGGAAUUAUUGUACUGCAAAGAAAGAAGUAUUAAAGGGAUUUCGUGUUGCAAUAAAAUAACUUUUUAUGUACAAGUUCUGAGAAGCUGGUUGUGCAAAUCUUGUUUACACAGAAGAAAACUUGACGGAACUUGGAGUUGGGAUUUUCAUUGUUGACUCAAAAAAGUGUAUAAACGUCCCACGCACAUAUGCAGACCUUAGGAGAUAGAUUCAGUAUGUGAUAUGGAGGAGCAUGGAGCCCUUCGACCUAAUGUGUCAUCAUUCUCAUCCUCGCCCCGUGGUGAAAGCAUCCCAGGCUUCGGGAGCAGAUCUUGACUUUGACGAGUCCCUCAUCGAUCGAAUUCUUGGAACUCCGGAUAAGAUCCAAAUUCCGGAGCGAUACAUUCCCGAGGAGAGUGAACAUCUCGAACCGGAAGAGGAGAAGAAACGGCUGUUAAAAGCGGAGCGAAUUUGUCGCCUACUUUCUAAAUCCAACGGUGGAAAUCUACCCCUUGUUCUCCCUCCGAAUCCGAAUCCGAAGAAGGUGUUGAACCACGUGCAGGUCAACGGGCAUCAUCACCAUCUGACCAGCGGGGGUAAUUCAUCUGUGGGUCAAGGAGCAUCAAGUGUCCCGUCAUCUCCGGCAAGGGGAAGACUUAUUUCGGUCAAGAAAGGUCAAGGGUCAGGAAACCUGAUUAAACGGAGACCCUCAAGUAACAGUGCGACAUCCUUGUGCGACUGGAGUUUGGCUGGGGUGCUGCCUCCGACACAACCAUCUUGGAGGGGCAAUUCCAGCACAAAUAACGUUUCAGCAUCUGAACGCUUGUUCGGUGCCCCUGUUCCACCAGCUUUUGGAAUCGGUGAACACUGCCCUAUCCCGUACGAGAAGGGAGUUGUAAUUGGAGGGUCAAAGGUGAGGGUCGACUAUUUCAAAGCUUCCGUCCACCAUCAACAUCAACCCAGUGCAUCGUCAUUAUCUUCGUCGAGUGGACGUUCUUCUGCCUCCGCAGACCGAGAAGAUCUUCAUCUUCUCCAUCUUCAGCAGUAUUUAGCUCGUGAGGUGACGGAGAAGAGUCGAGUUGUGGCGAUAAACGCAUUAUCGUCGCCAAAUACGUCAAAUCGAAAUUCAAUCGCGAAUAGAUAUCGUGACCCUUCUCCCCCAAGUCCAGUAGAAUUACCUACAGUUCAGCAACGUGAAGGAUUCUUCACAUGAAAAGCAAAUCCUGGUCCUCAAAAUAAUUUGCAAAUCAAUCCACCUCCUCCUCCACCACCCAACAGCACAUAAUAGUUUUCAAUCCCACAACAGAACUGUGACUCUUCCUUGCUCAACAAAAGUCAAAAUCUCUACGCUUCACGUAUCUAAUCUAAGUUGGAAAGUAUAAACAAAACUAGGCAAAUUUUUUCUACGGCAAUUUCAUAUUCGGACUAAUUUUGAAUGCAUCCUGACCUCGCUUCUCACAUUGAUACAUCCGAUUGCAAGGAUCUUGUUCAAGCACUGCAGAACUGUUAUGAAGAG